AUGGGCCCGUUCGUAGGUGGAGUCUUAGUUGAGAUCAACCUUCCCCUCGGUGGCGUCGCCCUCGUCUCCCUACUUCCCUUCCUGCGCGUCAAGUAUAACCGCACUACAACUAUAAGCGAGAGACUGAAACGUAUUGACUACAUUAGCACGCUAGUCCUCGUCGGCGCCGUCACCUCGGUCCUGAUCGGCCUGUCCUACGGCGGUACCCUAUAUGCGUGGUCUAACGCGCGCAUUAUCGGUGUCGCGAUCCCCACGGCGGUAUUUAAUACCCGGUUCGCGAUCGAGGCGUACCGGAUUACCGACGAGGCGCUAGCGAGCAUUACGCCUGCUGCGGUAGGGUUCGCGCUCGUGUUUAUGGAGAAGGAGGUUGUGUUACGGACGGAGCUGGAUACCAAGUUUGGGCUUGAGGAUGGGCAGAAGGGCGGCAGCGGCAGCGGCGGCGGCGGUGGGUCAUCGGAUGUCGAGUCCGAUGCUGCAGCGGGUGCGGCGCAGGUCAAGGAAAAGACGAGCAGUGCUUGA